CUCCCCUCAGCCUCGCGCUCGGCCUACGCAGGCGCAAACCGGAAGAUGGCGGCGACUGGAGCGGGCCGUCUGCGGCGGGCUGCGUCAGUCCUGCUGCUCCGGACCCCGCGCCUGCCGCCCCGGGAGCUGUCAGCCCCCGCCCGGCUCUAUCACAAGAAGGUUGUCGAUCAUUAUGAAAAUCCCAGAAACGUGGGGUCUCUUGACAAGACAUCUAAAAAUGUUGGGACCGGACUGGUGGGGGCUCCAGCGUGUGGCGACGUGAUGAAAUUACAGAUCCAGGUGGAUGAGAAGGGGAAGAUCGUGGACGCCAGGUUUAAAACAUUUGGCUGCGGCUCCGCAAUCGCCUCCAGCUCGCUGGCCACCGAAUGGGUGAAAGGAAAGACGGUGGAGGAAGCCUUGACCAUCAAGAACACAGACAUCGCCAAGGAGCUGUGCCUGCCCCCCGUGAAGCUGCACUGCUCCAUGCUGGCUGAAGAUGCGAUCAAGGCCGCCCUGGCUGAUUACAAACUGAAGCAAGAACCCAAGAAAGGAGAGGCGGAGAAGAAAUGAGCCCCUGGCACCUCCAGCAGAGCCUUCAGCUGCUUGCCCGCCCCGUGCAUCACCUUAGAUUCCAGGAAGCUCCUCACACUACAGUGAAAGGCCAUGCGCACGACCCUUGCUGUUCACACUGUGGCUCUGAUGCGCGAAUACAGUUCAGUUCCGAAUCCUGUGGUUUCUUUCAGCCCACUCUUAACCGCCUUAAUCCUAAUUCUGUAUAUUUUGAAUUGAAUGUACGGCCUCAAAACUGAAAUCAGUAAGUCAAGUUUUGCUAGUCCACAAAGUGCACAAAGAUCUAUUUUAUCUGAAUCUGUUUUGGGGAGGAUUACCAAUAGAAUGCCUUGUACGACUGUUUGAUAGAACCAAGUAUUGUACAUAGAACAGAUCUGCAUAUAUAUAAUAAAUUAAAGCGUGUAAGACAAU